AUGCGAGAGGUCGAUCAUGUGCACAUUGGCCAACUCAGCAGCGGUACUGAUGGAAACUGUGCCGGAGUCGUACACGAACAACAGGCUGCUGCCAUAGAACGCCAGCUGCGUCUGCCUCUCGAAAAGUGCACGAAGUUCGUCCAGCCGCUUGAGGAACUUCUCGCAUACCCGGACCGAGAGCAGUGGGUCCUGGAAUCGGGCGAAAUAGAGUCUGAAGGCAUACAAGAGCUUGGCGCGUGUUUCCAGCGUGUUUGCAACGUUGCCUUGUAA